UAUUCUAAACAGUUCAAAUUAUUCAAAAUAGGUGGAAAAGGAUGGAAGAAUUUUUUUCGAGUGUUUUCUCAUCCGUCUGUCGUGAAUCGACAUGAGGGUUCAUUAUCUCGAAAAUCGUCGCGAAGAAGGCCGUCUGCUCUACAGUCUAGAGUUGCCGUGUUCCCCAGGGGCGUCGGUCAUUGUUGAACGCCGAGUGGAAAAAAAUAAAAAUCGUCAGCCGAGUAAAUCCAGAAGUCCAGGAGGCUAAGGGUACAAAGGCCCCCCCUUCCAGUGAACCCGGGGUGAAAGGGAAAAAGGGACGACGACCGACCGUCAGUCUUAGACCGCUGUCAGAUGCGAUCCGACCACAAUGGGUGACAUUGGCGAGACGAAACCACUUUUGGACAAUAACGCACCAAACGCCAAUUAUGGAUACGAGGCCACAACAACGGAAGAAACUUGGGAUUAUGAUCAUGAAAUAGAACUACCUCCCCCAUAUCAGGCCCUCCAAGGCCCUUCGGUGACAUGCCGAGUAUGCCAGAUGUUAAUCGAUGUGACAGGACGGGUUGAACAGCAUGUGGUUAAGUGCAACCGAUGUAACGAGGCCACUCCGAUUAGAAAACCACCGGCAGGAAAGAAAUACAUCCGAUGCCCUUGCAAUUGCCUGCUGAUAUGCAAGAGUUCGGCGCAGCGCAUCGCAUGCCCGAGAGCAAAUUGUAAACGCAUUGUACAGCUUACUCAAUCCCCGAUGACGCCGCCCGUGCCCUCGAUACCAGGCAUGUGCAAGGUCACGUGUGUCCACUGUUUGGACACGUUCCUGUUCAAUACGUUGAAGAACGCACUGGCGCGAUGCCCGCAUUGCCAGAAAGUAUCUUCAGUUGGACCCAGUUUCGCGAUGAGCCGAGCAAAGGUUUUCCUGGUGCUCUCGAUCGUCUUGCUUUUUUUAACGUCUUUAAUAGUUUAUUUUACACAUUCAAUAGCAGCCACGGGAACUGUUUGGGUCAUCAUAGUAUAUAUAUUUUUGUAUCUUGCUGGAUUGUUUUUUCUGUCCCGUUCUAUAUAUUAUUAUUCUAUAAAGGUGAGCAUAAUUGCAGGGCCGAUUUGAAAAGCUGAUAACUACAUUCCUUAAAAAAGGGUCUUUUUAAGCGAGUGUUUCGUUUUUAAAAAGCCAACUUGAUGAGAAGAUUCACCAUGCCAUACGAGUGGUACAUUAUAGUUUAUAUAUAACUGUUUAAGAUAAUCAUUUAAAAAAACAAAAAAAUCUAUGAAGAUAUGGAUCUUGAAGGAGUAGUGAAAUAUUAAUUUGUAUGUAAGAGUUUAUUAAAAAAAAGAAGAAGGAAAUUGAAAAUUUGUAAUGUGAUGUAGGAUAAUGUAAUAAUAACAAUUAUAUCUAUGCAAUACAGUUUAAAAAAAAAUUGAAAUAAGCAGAAAAUACUAACCCUUUUUCCUAAAGCUUACAGACCAAAUUUUCUAUUAAAAAAAAAAAAAAAUAAAUAAAUGACCCUUCCAGCGGUAGUUAGAUAUUUUGUUAUCGCAAAAAAUUAUAAUUAUUAUAUUGCCUUGUAUUUUAUGAUGUUAUCGUAGAUGAGGGGGUAAAAUUUGUUAAAUUUUAUUUAUUAUCCAAAGUGCUACAAAUUUAGACUGAAUUGUAUAAAGUUUUGGAAAGAAAUUAAACCAGUUUUUAUUGUAUCAUUAAAAAAGUAAAACUAUUUAAAACCUGGAGAAAUGUAAUAAUGAUAUGUAAAAUGUACCGUACAUUAAAAAAAGUUAACAUUUUUUCCUGUUUUUAUGUUUUAUAAGUACCAUCAUUUAUUGCUUUAUUUACGUAAACAAGUGUAAAGGCUUUAUUUAAUACAUAAUCAAUGACUAUAAUGUAUAAAUCUUUUUUCAUUACUUUUGCAAUAAAAAUAAAUAAAUAAAUAUUGUAUUUUUUCAAUAUCGGUCUUAAGGUAAAUGAAGUAUUGGAUAAUUAUUAUGGCACCGGUAGAAAAACCGAUUGUUUUCAACCCUCAGGCUCUCUAGCCCCUUUUAACAAAGUUUAUCA